AUGGCGGAAUCAUGCAAAGCUUCAGACGGUAGCGAUAUGUGGACAUUUGGGCUGGAUACCAAAUGGACAAUUCUAGUAGCCUUGAUUCUUGGUGCGACACCUUUGAUUGUUCUUUUAGGAGGCCCGAAGCUUGUAGGUUACGUCGGACGCACGGUGGGGUUCUACUUGAGGCAAAAGACAGCUGGGAGGAAAGCUCAAGUUCUGGAAAGGGUGGAGAUUGAUCAGAGAGAUUAUAGGGAGAACAAGGAAAAGAGUCGGGAUAGUGAUGAUUGGGAGAAUAUAGAAUCUACGAGUGGAACGGGAGAGAAGGAUGAUAAGGAAUGGGAUGGCAUUGUUGGAUUCUUUCACCCCUUCUGUAAUGCUGGAGGUGGUGGUGAACGUGUUUUAUGGGCUGCAGUUUUAGCAACCCAAAAACGAUGGCCAAAUGCGAAAUGUAUUGUCUAUACUGGAGAUCAUGAUGUGGAUAAGUCGCAGAUCAUUGCUAGAGUGAAGGAUCGUUUCAACAUUCAACUCCAUCCACCAACGAUUACCUUCUUAUACCUCACAACUAGACAUUGGGUUUUAGCUUCCACAUGGCCCCAUUUCACACUUCUAGGUCAAUCAAUUGGAUCUCUCAUACUUGCAUGGGAUGCGUUCUCUCUGGUUGUCCCCGAUAUUUUUGUGGAUACAAUGGGCUAUGCUUUUGCGCUUGGGUUCUGCAAGAUUUUGUUCCCUGAAGUACCGACUGGAGCCUACGUACAUUAUCCGACCAUUUCGACAGAUAUGCUAGGCUCUUUAGAUCCUACAUCUGCCACCGGGAAGCAAGGGGUGAACGCUGGAAAAGGAACAGGAUUAAGAGGAGAGGCAAAGAAGCUCUAUUGGAAGUUAUUUGCGAAAUUUUACACCUGGGUCGGAGCAUCAAUUGAUGUAGUUCUCACAAAUUCUAAUUGGACACUCGAUCAUAUAACAUCACUAUGGGGAGAAUGGCGACGCGAAUUAAAGAAGCCCAUCGCAACAGCAGUCUUCCCUCCUGUAGCCGUCGAAGAGCUCGAGGAGAAGAUCUCUGUUACCCCCGAAUCCGAAGCGAUACGUCAACCAGCUCUUCUUUAUAUUGCGCAAUUCCGCCCUGAGAAAAAUCAUACACUCAUUUUAACCGCCUUCGCCGCUUUCAAAGCCACUAAAUCCCCAGCAGCUAAAGGCGCGAAACUUAUCCUUAUCGGGAGUGUUCGCGAUGACUCUGAUUCAAAGCGCGUAUAUCAAUUGCGCCUGCUGGCAAACGAACUACAAGUCAAAGACGAUGUUGAAUUCCAUUUGGAUGCGCCUUGGCCGGAUAUUCUGAAAUGGUUAGGCAAAGCCAGUGUUGGAGUCAACGGGAUGUGGAAUGAGCAUUUUGGAAUCGGAGUUGUGGAGUACCAGGCGGCAGGAUUGAUUAGUGUUGUUCAUGAUAGUGGUGGCCCAAAGAGAGAUAUUGUUACAAAAAUUGAUGGUUUGCCUACGGGCUUUCAUGCAUCGACAGUAGAACAAUUUGCUGAAGGUUUCGAGAGCGCACUAGCACUACCCCGAGAAGAUAAGAUAGCGAUGAGAUUGAGAGCGAGGAAAUCGGCUCAAAGAUUUACAGAAGCGGAGUUUGCGAAGAAGUGGAUUGUAGGUAUGGAAGAGUUAGUGACAUUAAGGAGGAAAUGGGAAGGGAUUAGGAGAACUCAAUAGAAAGUCUGGAUUGAA